GGGGGUGGGUCGGGUGGCGCGGUCGCCAUGAGGUUGCUACGGUACCUGUGCAAGCGGGCGGCGCUGGCCGGCGUGCCCAACUACAUCGAGCACUUCAGCAAGUUCUCGCCGUCGCCGCUCUCCAUGAAGCAGUUCUUGGAUUUCGGCUCCAGCAAUGCCUGCGAGAAGACCUCCUUCGCCUUCCUGCGGCAGGAGCUGCCCGUCCGCCUCUCCAACAUCAUGAAGGAGAUCAACCUGCUGCCAGACCGCGUCCUGCGCACCCCCUCCGUGCAGCUGGUGCAGAGCUGGUAUGUUCAGAGCCUGCUGGACAUCAUGGAGUUCCUGGACAAGGACCCUGAGGACCAGGCUACCCUGGGACAGUUCACCAAUGCCCUGGUGACCAUCCGGAACCGGCACAACGACGUGGUGCCCACCAUGGCCCAGGGGGUGAUCGAGUACCGGGAGGCCUACGGGGACGACCCUGUCUCCAACCAGAACAUUCAGUACUUCCUGGACCGCUUCUACCUGAGCCGCAUCUCCAUCCGCAUGCUCAUCAACCAGCACACCCUGCUCUUCGACGGCAGCACCAACCCCGCGCACCCCAAGCACAUCGGCAGCAUCGACCCCCACUGCGGCGUGGCCGACGUGGUGAGAGAUGCCUACAACAUGGCCAAGCUCCUCUGUGACAACUACUACAUGGCCUCCCCUGACCUGCAGAUCCAGGAGGUGAAUGCCAGCAACCCCCAGCAGCCCAUCAGCAUCGUCUAUGUCCCCUCCCAUCUCUACCACAUGCUCUUUGAGCUCUUCAAGAACGCCAUGAGGGCCACCGUGGAGAGCCACGAGAGCAGCCCCCGGCUGCCACCCAUCCAGGUGCUGGUGGCCCUGGGCCAGGAGGACCUCACCAUCAAGAUGAGCGACCGGGGCAUGGGGGUGCCCCUGAGGAAGAUUGAGAGGCUCUUCAGCUACCUCUACUCCACUGCCCCCACCCCCCCCCUGGGCUCGGGGGGGGCACCCCUGGCUGGGUUUGGCUAUGGCUUGCCCAUCUCCCGCCUCUAUGCCAAGUACUUCCAGGGGGACCUGCAGCUCUUCUCCAUGGAAGGCUUUGGCACUGAUGCUGUCAUCUACCUGAAGGCCCUGUCCACCGACUCAGUGGAGAGGCUGCCAGUCUACAACAAGUCAGCCUGGAGGCACUACCAGCCGAGCCAGGAGGCUGGGGACUGGUCUGUGCCCAGCACCGAGCCCAAGAACACCUCCACCUACCGAGUCCCCUAAGCCCCCCGCCCCCCC